AAAAUUAAUCAUGAUUCUCGCGACUGCUCGGUCCGAGAAACAUCUACACGUAGCAGCAGACCGCUUCUGUCGCUACCUACGACGAGAACAUGGGUUGAAGGCGGAUGCAGCCGGAUUGCUGGGCCGGAACGAGCUGAAGAUCAAGCUGAGGCGAAAGGCAAAACGGAUGAGGAUGCUGGCAAAUGUGGGCGGGACAAUGCCAGAGGGUAACAUUGACGAUGGAAUCCGCACGGGCUGGAUCUGCUGUACAUUGGGCAAGCUGGAGGCGCACCCUGAAGAUACACACAUGCCUGGCGACGAUGUGGAACAGUUUGUGGGCUUCAGAGAUGUCAAGCCAGGUGUUAAUGUGGUGGUGCAAAUGUUCACCGGGGAGAAAAGAGCAGAAGUAGAUCUGGACACUCUAUGGGGCGGUGUAGUAAGAACGUACCAAAGAAAAAUCAAGACGGCCGAUGAAGCUUUGAAAGACUUAGAGGAGGACAUAGAGGAUCUUGAAGAAGAUGUAGAAGACGACGAUUACCAAGUUCAACGCCAGUCACGAGGUGUAAACAAGCAGCCCACCGAAACGACUAAGUCUGCUACUCCUCCUACGCCAACACAGCAAAUACGCAGACCGCGACCAACUCCCGGAGAUGUCUUUCCGCCUGCCUCGUUUCCGAAUCCACAGAAGCAGAUACGCAGGCUGCACACUGUUGGUCUGAUGAAGUAGACCGUGUCAGACUUGGAGGCUUUUUUUUGGCCAGCUUCUAUUGAGAUACAUCAUGGCGAUUCAAACGAUUGUAAAAAAUAUGAAAACAAGACGAAUGUAGAAAAUAAUGUACAACGAAUCCCAUCCAACACACACCUUCCAUCC